AAUAAAUUAUUUAUUUAUGGUCCUAUUCACAAUGAAUUAUCGGAGUUUAUAAACCCGUUAUAACAGGACUGUCAAAAAGAUAGUCUCAAUAAAAUUAGUAAGAUCAAAUCAAGCUCCAAAAACUAGUCCUGAAGAAUAAGACGCUCGGUGUAGGUACUCGUCUUAAGCGAUGCAACUGUUCAAGUGUUAAAAUCGCACAGGCAGGUAUUUUUUAUUCUCCUACUUAUUGCUUACUACCUCGUGGGGUUCAGCUAGCUUCACCGAACGUGUAGAGGAGCACGGGCUCAGCCUGGGAUUAUUAAAUAAUAAUAAUGCCUUUAUUUCCCGAACAUUUUACAUUUUAAACUAAAAAAUUCAAGUAGGUGUAGAUAAAAAAAAUAAAAAACAAUGUAUUCAAAACCAAACAUAAGAGUAAAAUCUAUAGUUUUACUACAAAAUGUCUCUCGUCUCGGUGUGCUUUUCGGCAAAGGCCUUCCAACUCUUUCCAUUGUUUUCUGUCUGCUGCUACUCUAAUCUAAAGGGGUCCAGAGGUAAUUUUUAAUUCGAGUUCCCAUCUUCUUGGUUUGCUACCUCGGCUCCUCGCACCAUCCCUUGGGUACCGUACUGUCACCUGUUUGCUACAUUUUUCCUUUUUGCAGCGGAACAUAUGCCCUGCUCAUCUCCAUUUGAAUUGAUAAAUACGUGACAGGAUGUCUGUUAAUUUCGUUUUGCGCCUGAUAUCUACACUUCUAACUUUGCCAUUAGUUUUAAGCCUAGCAUGCUCCUUUCCAUACCCCUCUGACAUCCUUCUAGUUUGUCCCUAUGAUAUUUCGUCAAAGCCCAGAUUUCGCAACCAUAUGUGGUGCAGGUUAGGAUACAGGUAUCAAAUGUCUUCUUCUUGAUCAUAAUGCCCAAUUCCUGGCUUUUCAUAAUUUAUUUCAAGGCCCAAUAUUGUUUCCAUUCAGUUGCAAUCCUUUUGUCUAUUUCUUUAGACAUUUGGUCAUUAUUAUCCGGCCAAGAUAAACAUAUUCCUCUACAUAUUCUGUCUAUUUAUCGGUAUUGAAUUUGUCAUCAUUUUAGUUUUGCUCCAGUUAAUUAUUGGAAUUGUUAAAUAACUAUGUACUUAGUUUAUGUUCUCGAAUGAUUUCCGCGAUGAAAGAAUAGCAUCGUGCAAUGAAAAUCAAACCAGUAGAAUUAUGAUUUGCGUAAUUACUAGUGAUAGUCUUGUGCGUCCGCAAGGACUGAUAACACCAUCCUGCUGAUUUCUACUGCGAAGCAGUAAUGCGUUUCAGUUUGUAGGGUGGGACUGACGUAGUAUACAAUUCAGACGUAGAUCUCGUGUCUCAAGUUGGAUGUCGGCAUUUAUGUUGUAAUGUCAGCUUAGCCAGACGCCAACAUAACCACCUAACAUCACACAUAAAAAAUCGCUAACCGUACACCGUUAGGUUCACAUUAUGGCAUUUAACUGUACAGUCAAUAACAUAAAGUUGCUAAUUAUAGACACACCGAGAUCCAGAGAUAAUAAAUACUAUUAAACUAUUUAAGCCUUUUCCCGUUCUCGUAGCAAAACCUUCAUAGGCGUAAUUUUAUAUUGACAGCUGAUAUUGUUGAAGGGUUUGAUUUGAUUUGUCGUUUAGGUGUAUCAACUGUAAAAGUCUCGUGAUCUCGUCUUGUUUGUUCCUUUACAAUAGAAACUAUUAAUUCUAAUAUUAAUUCUUUUUGUUUCAUAAAUUACAAAUUUGCUUAUUAAUAUCAUGUCCUGCAUUUUUAGAAGAUUCAUGUGUACCGUUGGACUCGCUAAAAAGCCGCCAAUACCAGUAUUUGAUGCUAGAGAAUGGAAGUAGAGAAAACGGUCACGUCCUGUGCGAUAUGGAGACAGAGCCAUACCAAGAACUCCAUCCAUCAAAUCAAAAGAUUCUCCUAAAAUAAAAAAAUAAAAUUCAAUAUGAUAACUAUUUCUAUUUAAUUUCUACAUUAGGGUUGUGAACUUUAAGUCCAUAUGAUAGCAUCAAAUAUUAGUUUAUAAAUAUCAUCAAACAUAAUAGGUACAGGGCAUUUAUUGUCAGUGAUAUUGAUUUAACGUCAAUUUGCUAAAUGUUGAAAUAUAAAUCUGAAAUAGACGGAUUGUUAAUAAUACAUAAAAUGGAUUCAGUUAAAUUCUUUUGGGUUCAAAAUAAUUCAAUAAAGAAUAAAAGUCCGUUAUUAUAUUAUCUAUACUCUUGUAUAAAUAACCAAUCAUGAACUACUACACAAAUUUUCUUCUAUUUGUCAACCAUAUUUCUCUAUUUGUUUAGUAGUUAUUGACGAAAUUUAGUGUUAUGAAUAAAACAUUAGAAAUAUUUUAAAAUAAAAGGCAUAACAGUUAAGUAUCAGUUUCUCCUCUCUUGAUCAAUCAACUUUUUAGUUGCUAUUGAUGAGCUUUAUUGUGUAUUAAAAAAAGCCAAUAUAUAACGGAACGUAAUUUCCGAACGUGCGAUACCGCCCCCGCCGCCGCCUUACCGCCCGCUGAGACAGAGCUCUCUGAGCGCGAAAACACACGCCCUCAGCGCGCGCGACGACGACCAGUAAAAUAUUGCGAGUCUUAGUGUAACUGUACGAUUCUCAACUCAUUUUGUAUUUUAUUUUAGUUAUUGUGUCGCUUUUAUAUUAAAACCUCAUACCAAAUCGGCGUAAACAUUAUUUCUAUAUCAUCUUCGCCAACAGCCCGGAACAACGAACUCACGAAAACUCACAAAAGCCCGCCAGUCGGACUUGUAGUGUUAAAAAUGGCGCCCGAACGUUUAGCUGUGAAGUGAUAUUUAUAUGAAAUUAUUGUGCCUACAUGAACGAUUUGUGUUUUCCUGACUUUACCGACUAAACCGUCGUCAAAUAAUGCCGCCAAAGAAGAUGCCGAAUUCCGAGGAGCGCGACGCGAGAGCCGCGUCGCCGCCCCACGCGCCGUCGAGUGACGCGCCGCCCGCCAGUGUUUGCUUCCGCCCGGAAGACAUCACGAUGCUGAUCGACACCCUUCAACGAACGCAGCUAGACGCGUUCCGGGAGCUGUUAGAUAGCGUCAGGCAGUCGGCGACUCCUACAUUUGACCAUCGGCCCGCCAACAACUUCAGCCGCUGUAAAUCUGUAUUCAGCGGACGCGCAGACGAGUCAGUAGAAGGUUUUAUCGACGCAAUAGAAUCGUACAGAGACGCCGCCAAUGUUCCCGAUGACGUAGCCGUAAAAGGCAUCUCCAUGUUACUUACACACACCGCCGCUACCUGGUGGCAGGGUAUCAAGCAUCAAGUUUCUACAUGGGAAGACGUCAUCUCAAAUCUACGAAGUGCUUUUGGUGAUCGCCGCCCACCCCACAGAAUUUAUGUCGACCUAUUCGCAGACGGCCAGCAGCCUAUGGAGAAAACCGACCUGUUUGUCGCCAGGGCUCGAGCACUCCUCGCGAAGCUACCUCGAGGCGACCUAUGUGAAAAAGUGGAGCUCGAUAUGAUAUACGGAUUACUGCAUAAUAAAAUUCGUAAACGCCUUCGUAGAGAGGAAAUCACCAGUUUUAAUGUUCUCCUGCAAAAAGCACGAAGUAUUGAGGAUUCUACGAAAGAAGCGCAUACUUCAAACGCCGUCGCAGAGACAUCAAAGGGUGCCGCCGCCGCCGCCCGCGCUCGACUCGAGCCGCCGCGGCCUGCAACGCAGCGUGUACCUACGGCCGCUGUAGAAGUUUCCCCGCGCCAACGUUCGUCAGGCGAUAACGCCGACGCCACUCCGACCGCCGAAAAACCCGAGAAACGUCGAUACUGUGUUUAUUGUAAAAGUUACGGUCAUACGCGUGAUCAGUGUCGUAAAUUGUUAUUAAAACAAACCGCGAAUGACAGUAACGAUAACGUAGUUAGUAAAGUAAAUAAUAUUAAAUGUUACGGUUGCGGCGCGAGCGGAGUCAUACGUUCUAAUUGUUCCAAAUGUAGUUCAAAUUUUAGCGCGGUCGAUUUUAUUCAAAUACCGCGAACGCGAUCGCGAAGUACAACGACCGCUGAGACAUCAGCUGUUGGUAAGUCGUCCGCCCAGGUGAGUAAUUUGGCAAGUUUACCUAUGGUUUUUACUGGGGCUGUACCUGACUUGUGUUUAUCCAGUAGUGUUCAUACUGAGCGCCCAAAUUAUGUUAAUUCAUCGCUACACACUGCUCAGCCAAGUUUGGUAUCACGUAAUAAUGUAAGUACACCCUCCGUAAAUAAUAAUUUUGCCCGUAAAUGUAAUGUAAACUCGUCCCAUAAACGUGUUGAUAAACAAAUUAUUUCAAAUUUGCCGCGUUCCGACGAUACGCCUUUGUUUACAUACUUAUCUCGUCCUGUUAAGCAGGGGGAGUGUUUUAACCGCACUCAUGUACCUAGCGAAUUGAAAUCAGUAUCUCCUAGGGAAUUUUGUGUUAAUCAGUGCGUCGUAAAUAAUAGACAUAAAUGGAAAACGAAACGUUCUCGUCAGUACCUGUCACGUGGUCCGUCACCGAGUAGGGCGACUAUGAUUUUUUCAGGACAAAACCAGGAAUUUUAUAAUAAAAGUAGGGUGAACAAAAAAAUUUCAGGACAAAACCAGGAAUUCGAUAAUAAAAGUAGGGAGACCAAAAAUUUUUCAGGACACAACCUGGAAAGUUGUGCACCGGUUAAAGGGACCACAAAUUUUAAUUGUGAUAGUUUUGUCACCUUUUCGUCUGUAACUUCUUCGCAAAAUGGCAACGCGCGACGACCUAUUUUAGGUAUAGAGAUUUUAGGAAUCCGAGGUAGGGGUUUAAUCGACACCGCAGCCAAGCGAACUGUUGCCGGUUCUUCACUCUACGCCCUACUGCAACAGCAUAAUCAGUCUUUUGUGUCUAGUUCUAUACGUGUUAAGCUUGCCGAUGGUUCAAUUCAAACGCGACAAAUGUUGUCAACGACACUUGAUGUAAAAUUAUUACCGGGUAAAGUUAUUCCCAUGGAAUUUGUCGUAUUUCCGGACGCCCAGGAUAAUGACACAUUAUUGGGUGUAGACUUUUUAGUAGCAGCUGGUUUAGCCAUCGACUUCCAUACUUCGACAUGGCGCUACCAUGGUUCUGAACGAGUUUUUCCAUUGGAGUUCGAGUACCCCAGUGACCUCACGCCUUGUUCUGCUGCUGAUUUCUUAAGAGAAGACGAGGGAACUAUGCUGUGUCCUCCAGAGCGUUAACCGCCUAGCUUCUCUUCUGCAGUGCAACAAGGAUGUCUUCAGACCAGGGGGAGCCCCAAUGCCUUACGCUAAACAUCAUCAGGUUGAUAGGAAGUAGCAAACCGACAAAAUUCAGUUAUCUGGUCCCAGUUACCAAGUAGGUGAUCUAGUCCUUCUCUCAACGCACUUGUUAAGUGAUGCCGCCAAAGGUAGAACGAAGAAGUUCAUGCCUAAGCGUGACGGACCCUACCAGAUUAGCAAUAUCGUUAGUCCUACUACCUAUGAGGUUACUGAUUUGAAUUCGCAGGUUUUAGGGAAAUUUCAUGCUUCUCAUUUGAAGCCGUAUCAUAAUCAAACCGGUCAGGUCUCAGCUCCAGUACAGCCUCGACGCCUGCGUGGACGGCCCCGUCUUGUUGUUUCUGCCGAGCCACUAACGAGGCGUUCUAGUGACUCGGAGGGGGAGGAUAUAACGGAACGUAAUUUCCGAACGUGCGAUACCGCCCCCGCCGCCGCCUUACCGCCCGCUGAGACAGAGCUCUCUGAGCGCGAAAACACACGCCCUCAGCGCGCGCGACGACGACCAGUAAAAUAUUGCGAGUCUUAGUGUAACUGUACGAUUCUCAACUCAUUUUGUAUUUUAUUUUAGUUAUUGUGUCGCUUUUAUAUUAAAACCUCAUACCAAAUCGGCGUAAACAUUAUUUCUAUAUCAUCUUCGCCAACAGCCCGGAACAACGAACUCACGAAAACUCACAAAAGCCCGCCAGUCGGACUUGUAGUGUUAAAAAUACUAUUUUUAUAUCUUGCCUAGUAUGUGUACAUCAAAAACAAAAAUAUGCCAAUACUAUUUUUACUUAACACAAAAGUAUCUAUUUAUAUAAUUAAUACGUGAAGCAAAAACAUGGUACCCGUUUUUACGAAAAUUGCGCGGACGGAGGAGUAUGAAUUUUCCUACACUUAUACAGAAUAUAGAGAAGGAGUGCAGAAUGCAUUUUUUUUUAAAUUGUGCAUUAAUAAUAAAUUAAAUCAAUAAAAAAACUUUACACACACUACCAUGAGAUGACACACAAACAUAUAAGUAUAUUAUAAUUCUAGGGUCGGCAGACUAAAGCACAUAAGUCAAAAUUUUCAAUUUAUUUUUUAUUACAUCAUCGGUUUACAUUUUGCUCAACACACAAUCUGACUAAAGCACAUAAAUCAAACUCAAGUAUUUCAUGGCGUAUUCAAGCGGCGUUCUGUAUCAACCUUAUCAAAUCCUAAUAUAACCAAACGAACUAAAAAACAUAACUGGACUUAUGUUCUAAGGAACACCAUAAGUACAAAGUUAUUAACGUAAGAAGUCUGACUUAUGUUAUAAAGAACAUCAAAAUGUAACAUUUUUUUAGAGAAAGUGGUUACUUAAAAAUAUUUAUAACGUAAACAAUACUUCGGUAAGUGGUUUUAAUUUACUAAUGUUGUCGAUUGUGCACAGUUUGUUGGUUAGUUGUGUGUGAGUGCUUAAGUAUUUUAAUUAUUUAAGAUGAAUAUUCAAAGAGGCAAGAAAUUAGUUGAAAUGGCGUUAUCCACUCAUCUGGAAAGCAAUGAAGGUAUAUUUUUACAUAUCUUCAAAAUUAUGAUUUGCAAAUUACGUAAUUAUAUCAAUAUUAUAUCAUUAUAAAUAGAUAAUUGUCUUGUCCUUUUUUAGAAAAUGUAAAUCAGCAGUCGGUUUUGAACACAGAUAACCUAGUAGUAGACGAUCCUAUACCGUCAACAUCAUCAGGUCAAGUCAGUAGUUUAACAUACUAUUCUGUACUUGACUUCUCUAGUGAUGAUUCUGUACGAGAUCCAUGUUAUGAAUUACCGAGACUUCCAAUCACAUCAAGUUCAAGUACUUGUGAUGAAAUUUCAAUGAAUCCUAAUGUGUCUCCAAAAAAGAGUAUACGUACUAAAAAAAGAGAGAAAAAAAACGUAACUUAGGACAGGCAUACAAAACUUUAAAGGGAAAUGUAUAUCAGAUCGCACUAUGCAAAAAUAAUAAUUGAGAUAAAAUAAAAAAAAAAGCCCGCUGAGUUUGUUUCGCCAGUUCUUCUCAGGACUGUGGUUUUUUUUGGAACCGGUGGUAAAGAUAACAUUGUUAUUUAUAUUUUGACAUUCAACAAGUAUGUUAUACUGACAUCUAAGUUGAAAUAAACGAUUUUGAAUUUGAAAGAGUUACCUGUUUGCAGAAUGAAAUGUUUAGAACGUAUACCUUAACUGAUAGGCAUGCCAUAUUUACAGAAUAUUGGCAAAUGGGGUCAUAUGCAAAAAUAUCUGUAUAUUUGGCGUCUUUAAUGGAAAUUCAAGAUAAAUCUAAGUAAAGAAUACGAGCUAUUGAACCUGAAAAGCAAAAGCUUAAAAUGAAGACAUAAAAAUACUUUUUUACUGUGCAUGGUAAACGUGAACCUGUCUGCCGAGGAUGUUUAAUGAAACCGUUAGAUGAAAGUGACAAUUUUAUAAAGACAGUUGCUAUGAAAA